GCAGGGGGCGCUGUGUGACAGUGAAACAGAGCAGACCCCGGGGAACUGUUGUGGUGUCCGGAAGAACGCUGCCGUGAGCUGUGUCUUCACAUACUAACGGCUGACUUCUCACUGCGCAGCUGCGAGCCGCCGCCGCUCCGCUGUCUGUCCGUCCGUCUGUCUGUCUGUCUGCACACGUCGUGACUUGUGACCCAGUUUGGUUUGGUUACCUAGACUGAGUGGGAUGAAACAUCAGGAGUCUGAACACGGACCAAAGAGGGUCACGUCUGAAUAAAGUGACUCUGAGUCAAAGAAGUAACAACACCAGAAACCAACAAUGGAUGAAGUGACUGGAGAAGUAGAUGAGGAGAUGACGAGACAGGACUUCUCCUUGGAGCAACUCCCAGAGCCUCUACUGAUAAUCCUGUCCCCACCUCCACCUUUCUUACCUGUCCCUGGUAAACCAACCAUGUUUUGGCACAAGUGGCUCAAAGCUUUUGAACACUACGUUGAAGCUCUCGGUGAAAGCAAGCUCGUCGACUCGUCUAAGUGUGUGCUCCUACAGAACUGCCUUGGCCUCGAGGGCCACCGUAUCUUCACAACUCUGAUCCGGAUCGAAAGCUCGUACGCAGCAGUCAUCUCCACGCUGACCGUUUACUUCAGCUCUGAUCACACAUCUCAGAUGUACCGCCUUCAAUUUCAUCAGAGGGCUCAGAUGCCCGGAGAGACUGUAGACCUGUUUGUGUCUGCGUUAGAAGAACUGCUGAGGCCUUGCAAUUAUGGACACUUACAAGACAAACUUAUCCUGGAUCAGCUCAUUGAGAAAACUAACUGCCAACAACUCAAAGAGAGGCUGCUGUUGGAGAGGGAAACUCUGACCUUGGACAACGCAUUGGUCAUCUGUAAAGAGGUGGAAUCUGCUUUUAAUGAAGCUGAACUGUUUGGUUUUCACGAAGUCAGCGUGGACAUUGGAGACGAUUUAGACCCUCCUAUUCCAAAAAAGCGUAAAAGAGGACGGCCUCGGCGUGGGGAGGAAAAGCCGAAAAAUGAAACCAAACCACGCUCGACUAAAACCCCAACAAGAUCAUCUAGAUACAAAGAUAGUUACUAUUACAGCAACGAUAAACUAUAUUAUAGUGAAAAUGAUGAAAGUGAGUCUAAAAGUGCUGAUGAGACUAAUCUGGCUUGUGAUGAAGCCAACGAUGAAGCAGGUGAUGUUGAUCACGGAGCCUUAUCAUCGUCACAAUGGAUGAAAGAGGAAGACCGCGACAAUGCCAGUGAUGGUGUCGAUGAUGACGAAGAUGAUGACUUUUACCUGUCUAAACAAAAACGCCCCUACUGUCCCAUCUGUGUCGGCAGGCGCUUCAGAGAUGCAAACAAGCUCGCCAGACAUAUGAGGACGCACACAAAGGAGAAGCCGUUCAGCUGCCCGGUCUGCACUACCACCUUCAGCCAGUCCUAUCACAUGACCCGACACCUGAGGAAGCAGCACGGUGCGGGCCAAUACGUCUGCGCCACAUGUGGGAAAAGUUUAGAGAACCUUGCAGAGCUGCAAAGUCACAAGAGGACGCAUGCGGCGCAAAUGAUGUCAUGUCCCAACUGUCAUGAAAAAUUUACUAGCAGUGAUUCGUUUUGUAGUCAUGUGUUGUCACACGGCAAAGAGCAGCCCACCCAGAUAGAGGAUUCUCAGCAACGUGAUGAAGGGAAAAACCAGGAAAUAAUCAAAUCAUUUAAUAAGGAUAAUCCUGACAGUAAUGAUAUCAAUGAUAAUGUUGCUGAGAACAGUGCAGACUCUGAUGAUGGUGAUUCUGAGGAUAAAGAAUCUAAAGUUAAUGUUAAGAUGGAAGAUAAGGACACGGAUGAAGCUAAAUCUCAAGAUGGAGGUAGUCCGAAAGAAAAAGGCACCGCCAAGACUAAAACAAAAGGCCAUUUCUGUCCCAUCUGUGUCGACAGGCGCUUCAGAGGGCCAAACAAACUCGCCAGACACAUGAGGACGCACACAAAAGAGAAACCGUUCGGCUGCCCGGUCUGCGCUAUGACCUUCAGCCAGUCCUACCACAUGACCCGACACCUGAGGAAGCAGCACGGCUUGGGCCAGUACAGCUGCGAAAAAUGUGGCAAAAGUUUAGGGAGCUGGCUGGAACUAAGAGCACACAAGAAGACUCAUGCAGCUGAAGGCCUCACAUGUCUCGAAUGUGAUAAACAGUUUAAGGAGAAGGCUGCACUUGUGAGUCAUCUUAAAUUACACAAGAAAGGCCAGUCAAAUCCCAGAAGCCUCAUCUGCAGCGAUUGCGGCAAAGUAUUUGGUCGAAUGUAUCAUUUGAAAAGGCACAUAGUGACCCAUCGCAAAGCAACUAACGGAGAGAUUUACACGUGCCCUGACUGUCAGAAGAAUUUUGCCUUCUCAGAAGACCUCAACAAACACCUGGAGAUUCAUGUGAAAGAAAACAAUGGGACUUGUCCGAAAUGUAACGAAACCUUCAGAAGUCCAGAAGAACUGGAGGCGCACAUGGGCGUUCACGAAAAGUCUUAUGCCUGCAACACCUGUGGGAAGAAGUUUAAGGUCGAGUACGCGCUGAAGAAGCACGAGCAAGGACACCAAGAUGAGCAGUAUUAUUGUUCGCUGUGCCGCAAACGCUUCAUCAAGCUGUCCCACUACAAGAGGCACAUAAUGGUCCACGACAGACGGGAAUCCAGAUGUCCACACUGUGACAGCGUCUUUCUACAGUUAACAGCUUUGAAGUAUCACCUGCGGACUCAUACAGAGGAGAGGCCGUACCAGUGCACCUGUUGUAUCGAGACCUUUGAGGAGAAGGAGGAUCUAGAGCAACACCGCCUCAAACACAGGAAAUUCAAGAGGGAGAGGCCGUACUCGUGCACUCGGUGCGAUUCCGCUUUCUCUACACUUAUUGAGCUGACAGACCACAUGAGCUCACACGAUGGAGAGCAGCCGAUGAACUGUCCCGUCUGCGGUAGGACUUUCCUGAACAAGAACAAGAUGGAGAGGCACCUGAGCAUCCACACGGGGGAGAGACCUCACCUCUGCUCCAUCUGCGGCAACGGCUUCCCCUCAGCCGCCAGCCUCAAGUUACACAUCCACAUCCACACCGGAGAGAAACCCUUCCAGUGUUCACAGUGCAGCAAGAGCUUCAGGUCGUCCAGCGGGCUGCGGCUGCACAGCCGGCAGCACAUGGAGGUGCGGCCCAGCUACGAGUGUCCGGAGUGCGGCAGGACAUAUGGUCGCAUGACGGAGCUGAAGAUGCACCAGCGUUAUCACACGGGGGAUAAACCGUACGCAUGCACCUGCUGCAACAAACGCUUUAUUAGCAAAGACAAACUGAACGUUCACAUGAGGAUACACACAGGGGAGAGGCCGUACGCCUGUCCCCACUGCGGACAGACAUUUACACAGACUGGGGACAGAAACAGACACAUCAGUAAAUACCACGAGUUAGAUACUGUAGUAUCAAACUCCAGUGAAGCUUAGCUUGUUGCUUUUGAAUGACUGUGCCAGUGGUUUUGCAUGUUUGUAGGGGUUAGUAGCACAGAAACCAAAAUAUGUUGAAAGCUAACUCAGGACAGAUUUAGGCUGCCGUGAACACUACAUUUUCAAAUGACGAGGGAAUGUGAUUGUUUUUUGGUGAAUUAAAGAUGAAUAUAGAUAUUAUCUGAUUAUAGAAAAGAAUAAAAUUGAAAACACGACAACAAAGUAAGGCCCAAAAAUGAUCAAUCACCCAAUGUUCACUCAACACUUCACUGACACAGUAAGAUUAAGCACUACAUGUCUUUUAAGGAAUAUUGCUCAGGCUGAGGAUCAGUUACUUUUGACUUAUUUUAAGGGAUAUUAUCAUUCUGUGUGUUUCUCAUCCAACUAUUAAUCUAUGGCUUGUUUUACUGCUUUUUGGUUACAUUAGGUUUAUAGAUUGGGAUUUUAAAGACAGUCUGAUCUCUAAGACUCAACACUCAUGACUUCACAUUUGCACGGUUUGAUUUUCUGCAAACAUAGAUAAUAAAUGCAGUGUUUUUGUCUGCCAAGUACUUUUACUUAAUGGCUUGUGGGCUAAAACACUGGGUCCUGACCAGUAGAGGGUAUUAUAUACAGUUCUAUAUCUCAGGAUUGCCUUCAUUUCUGUAAAAAUGAAAUUGUUACUUUUUACAGUUUGGAUUAUUAUUUAAAUUGAAACAGGAUAAGGGGAUGGUGAAGAAGUGAACACGCAGAGCCUUCCCUCUCUGCUAAACUUAGUCCCACAUUAGCAAAGUAUUAGUUUAAACAACCAAACAGCACGUUUUACACAAACUUCCUGCAGUUAUUGCAUUCACUAAUUCACUUAAUUAUACAGUUGAUAUUGUUAUGCAUUGAAUAUACUAUGACAUGUACAAAAAAUAUUGUCGGUUUACUCAUCGAUAGAAAAAGGGGUCCCUUGAGGAAAAGGGUUGCGAACUACUGGGCUAAAACAUGCAAAACCACUGAUUACUCUGCAGAACGAGCCUUCUCUGUUUCCUAAAGGUGUGUCGCUGCUGUGCUGUUUCCUGCGAGCUUCAUACCUGGACUUUCUUCUGUAUCACUACAUUUUACCACUUAAUACAAAAACUGUGCAUAAAGGUUUAGUUCUUGUAGCUCAUCCCUCUCACCCCUCUCACCCCUCUCACCCCUGUGCCUCACGCGUCCUCUCCAUACAAGCACCCUGUCUUAUCUUACUGACCGGCAUGCAAGUCUUUGACAUCCAGAGCUUUUAUAUUUCACAGUUUGCCUUUCCCAAAUCUGUGGCUACAAACUGGAUAUAACCAUGGUCACUCCAAUGACAUGAAGACAUUUCAGAGAUCAUGUUACAUCAAUACUUGUGUUGUCCUCCCCGUCCGUCACAUAAUGAGCUGUCAUGGUCUUAUGUUUUGUUUCUUUUCACAUUUUUAAAUAUUUUUGUUUAGACUUCUCUGUAACCAAGCAUUUUGUAACUGUGAGUAGAAAAGUGCCAUAAAAAUAAAUCUAUUAUUCACCCUGCUCGCACAUGUAAGGGGAUUUUUGAACAAUAUUUGUAAAAGGUAAACAUGUAAGCUGCAUCAUUCGACUGGAGUGAGAAUCAAAAGGUGAAGAUGGAAUUAGAAAAAGAAUAUCUGUCUCCAUAUAAA